AUGAUUUCCGUAUGGAAGUUUGCCCUCUCCAAGGCUGCCUAUAAGCCUUCAACAUUUUCUCAAACAAUUCCAGCGGUCUCUAAUUCUCUUUUGAACAACAAGAACACAACAAAUCAUCUUCUGUUCAAUAACGCCGGCAUUGUUUCAUCCAAUACAAUCAUCAGAACAAAAAAAGACAGCAAGACUGACAAAAAGAAGGCCGAUGCACUCAGACGAACCCAACAAAAAGAACACCAAAAGAAAUUGGAACAAAAGAAGUUGGAAUUGGAGCAAAGAAGUAAGGAAAGGCUAGCUGCUAAACGAGCAUCAAAGGAUGUCUCCGAACUCACCAAACAAAAACCACCAUCACUUGAAAAACUCUACCCAAAGAAGAAAAUUUCAGCAAAAUAUAUUGCAGAAACAGCCAAAUCUCCAUCAUAUUUGAAUGAAUUUGUGUACACAAAGAAGAAUGUUGAUGUAUCUAAAAGUGGUGAAGAUACAGGAUUCUUUGGGCUCAAAAUUUUCAAAGAUGCCACGUCAAUGAGAGACUCAUUAGUUAUUGCCAAGGCAAAGGUUGAUGAUUUGGUGAAAAGCAUUGAAAAUGGAGAGAACGUUUCGGCCAGUGUAUUCGAGUUGAACAAAUUGAGAUUUGAAUAUUCAACAGCUCUGGAAACAUUUGCAAAAUUACAUCCAUUUGAAGACUUGGCUGCUCUUGCUCUGGGAAUUUCCGAUAACUUUUCUCAAUUUGUCUCUCAACGUGCUCUCUCCAAUGAAAAAUUUUAUAGAGCCCUCAAACAAGUGGAAACAUCCUUGACUGUUCCUGUUGUGAGUGAAUCUAGAAAUUUGUAUGCCUCUGCUGACGUUAAUCGUGAUAAAUUUACUGAAGCAAAAGAUGCGUUUGAGAAAGCCGUCAAAGAUUUGACCGAUUACAUUGAAAACAAUAGUAUUUCAAAAGUGAGAGGAGGAAUGAAAAUUUAUGAACUCAAUCCAAUCCAUUACGAGUCAAUGAAGAAGGAAGUUGCCAAGAAGAAAAAGCUUGUAGUUAUUAAUUUGGAGAAGGAUCUUGAUGCUAUUUUGACUAACGUUACUGAGGAAAGUCUUAGAUCAGGACUCUAUGAAGAAGCUGUUAGAAAGUUCAUGACAGGCUCAGAUGACAACCAAUUCAAUUCGUUGCUUUCAACUGCUAUCGACGCUGCUAAUGCUUUUGCCAAAUUGCUUGGAUAUCCAUCUUUUGUCGAGUUGAAGGCAGCAUCUUGUAAUAUGGGACGAGGUAAUAUUCCUAAAUUAGAUGACGUGAUCCAAAUUGUCGGAGAGUUGAGAGACAAGUUGGAUAUCAAGAGGGAAGUUGAGAAAUUGUCUGAAUUGAAGAUUACUAGAAUGAACGAUCCUGUUCUCAAGAAAUGUUACUACAACAAGACAAAACAAACUCCAGAAGAAUUGAAACUCUUCACCCCUGGUUUCGACAUCAAACAGCUUUCCAAUCUCUAUUAUAAUCGCAUAAGAGUGAACUAUUUACCAGCAGAUGUUGAAAAUUAUCUUUCAUUAACCAACUGUUUGGAUGCGUUGUCAAAGACUCUUGCAUCUGACUUGUUCGGUGUUGAACUUGUUCCAGAAAAGUUAGCUCCUUCAGAAACAUGGUCUCCACUCAAUAUUAAGAGACUGAAUGUGGUCUCACAAGGAAAAGUGGUCGGAAAGAUAUACCUUGAUCUUUUUGAUAGAGAAAAGACAUUCAAUUAUGAUCAUUACUCGUAUGAUAAGGCCAAGUUUUAUCCAUCUCAGGGUGAAGACUCUACAAAGAGCGCAGUGAUUCAAAUGUAUCUGAGAGACCAUAUUUACAGCUUCCCUAAUUCUUUGACUAUUAAGCAAUUUAGAAGCCUAUCAGGAACCAUGGGCCAAGCACUUUUCUAUGUACUUCAUGAAACCUCUGCUGCUGCUCUUGAGGUGAACUUGUUGUCUAAUGUGAUUCGUAAGGUCUUUGAAAGAUUGCCACAACAAGAAAGUUUCCUUUCUGCACAUCUUUGUCACAAGGGUUCAAGACAACCAAUUCCAGAAGAAUAUGCUGCCCAAAUUGCUUCCACUCCAAGAGAAUUCCCACUCAAUUUACUUCAACAACUCGUCUAUUCUGUCUACGAAAUGGAAGUAUUCAAACCAAUCGACGCCACACAAAGCACUCCAAUUGAAAUUCUCACAAGUAUUGAAUCACGUUUUUGCAAACCAUACACACAACUUGUGCCUAAUCUUUCCUUCUACUCGAAGAGUUUAUUCAACCUCAAAAAUCAGCCAUUAUAUUUAGACCUGUAUGCUGAAGUGUGCGCUGCUCACAUUGCUGCCACCUGUUUGCCAAAAGAUUCUCUUUCCAAGUUCUCCUCUCUUUUAAAGAAUGUUUUGACUACUGAGGCCUCCACUCAACCUCUCGACUCAGUCCAAAGAUUACUAGGUGCUAAUAAGCCUGAUGUUUCAUAUUUUAUUAAGGAAAUUCAACAACAAUAA